UCUUGUGUUUCCACGCCUCCUGCUUUCGCCCCCACCGUGGUGACUCUCCGGCUCACACACACUCACACACACUCUCUCUCACACACACACACACUCUUUGCCAGGCUUCCAGGAGUUGGGGCCGCGGAUCGAAGACGGAACACGGGCUAACGAUCACGACAGAAAACACAACAACAUAUCCUGCUUUUUACGCAUGGAUCUGUUUUCGUCUCUGGAGGGAUUGCUACGCGGUGCGAUGGUUUGCCCGGCUGGAAAUUUCGGAGACUCGCACGGGAGAGACGGAGCACACGUCCCCUCCGCUGCAAAGUUGUAAAAAAAGUAGUUUCCCCCCUUCGGAAGUUUCCCUCUUUUCCGCCACCAGUCGUUUCUCCAGCCCUGCAUGCGCGGACCCUCAGCCAUCAUGGCGCGGCGGACAGCGGGGGGACCCGUGGCUUUGACGCCGAGCGGGCGCGCUGCUUUCCGGGAUAAGCACCUUCGGUUACGCGGGGGCUCGCUGACUUAUUCGUGGGGCUUCGUGUUAAUGUGCUCGGCGGCUCUUUCUUGUGGAUACUGCGGAGCCGACACGGAGUUUUCCAUCCUGGAGGAAGCGCAAGUUCUGGCGGAUCAAAUGAAAAAGCUUUCCUCUCAGGAGCUGGGAGUCUUUACGAUGCAGAGGAUUUUCAGCUCGUUUGUGUACACGGAGAAGACAUCAAACGGAGAGACAGAAGUGCAGCAGUUGGCCAAGAAGAUUCGGGAGAAGUUUAACCGCUACCUGGAUGUGGUGAACAGGAACAAACAGGUGGUGGAAGCAUCGUACACUGCCCACCUCACGUCUCCGCUCACUGCGAUUCAGGACUGCUGCUCCAUACCAGCAUCGAUGAUGGAGUUCGACGGAAACUUCAACACCAACGUCUCCAAGACCAUCUGCUGCGAUAGACUUUCCCCCACCGUCAACAGCCGAGCCUUCAACCCAGGACGGGACCUCAACUCAGUGUUGGCAGACAACCUGAAGUCCAACCCGGGGAUAAAGUGGCAGUACUUCAGCUCAGAGGAGGGCAUCUUCACCGUCUUCCCUGCCCACAAGUUCCACUGCAAAGGAAACUUCGAGCACCGCAGCAGGCCCGUGUACGUGUCUGCAGUGCGUCCCCAGUCUAAACACAUCGUGGUGAUGGUCGACCACGGAGCAUCCGUAACUGAAACGCAGCUUCAGAUUGCGAGGGACUCGGCACUCGUCAUCCUUAACUCCAUAGACGAGCACGACAAAAUCUCCAUUCUCUCAGUGGCAGAGACGAUUCGUUCCUGUUCUCUGGACCAGUGCUAUAAGAGUCUGCUGUCGCCGGCCACCAGCGAGACCAAGAGGAAGAUGAGUACCUUCAUCUCCAACAUCAAGGCUUCAGAUGGAGCCACACACCACGCCGGGGGCUUCCAGAAGGCCUUUCAGCUGCUCCGAAACACCACCAGCCUCAGCAGGCCGAGCACCACGACAGACAUGGUGAUCAUCUACCUGUCGUCCGGUAUCACGUCCCGAGAGUCGUCGGAGCAGGAGAAGCGAGCAACGCUCAGCGUGGUCAGAGAGGAGAACCGACACCUCAACAACUCGGUCAUGAUCCUCACCUACGCUCUCAUGAACGAGGGAGUAACGGGCCUGAAGGAGUUGGCCUUCCUGAGGGACCUCGCGGAGCAGAAUUCGGUGAAGUACGGCGUGGACAGAGCAGGAGACCGGGACCGGGACCGCUCCUCUGGGGCAUCAUCACCUGGUUCGGCAGGAGCUUCCAUGAUGCCGGUGGUGAAGGGGAGCAUGAUGGUUCUCAACCAGCUGAGCAACCUGGAGACGACAGUGGGCCGAUUCUACAUCAACCUCCCCAACCGUAUGAUCGACCUGGCCGGCUUCAGUCUGCCCUACUCCGACCCCAUGGGAGACGGAUUUAUCAUGACUGUGAGCCGGCCGUGCUACUUUGGGAACCUGCUGCUCGGCGUGGUCGGGGUGGAUGUGAAUCUGGCCUACAUCCUGGAGGAUGUCACAUACUACCAAGACUCCCUGGCUUCAUACACCUUCCUCAUCGACAACAAAGGUCAGUCGCAUGAAAACGGACACUGGUCGGAAUCAGCUCCUGUGUUUUUCCUCACGGAAGAAUCAGCAGGAUUAUCUACUGCUGCUCCUGUGUUCAACCUGUGA